AUGCUCCAGGGAAGGCCACACUCCAUGGGCGGUAAUGUAGAUUGCAUUCAAAUAUUUGAAUUUUACCGUGUUCCAGGAUGGCAUACAUGCUUAGUUUGCCAGAAAAGUUCAAAUUAUCAAUGUUAUUGUUGUGAUAGAGCUGUAUGCUCUCGCUGCAUUGGUCGUAUCAAUUUUGUCCUUCUUAAAGGGAAGCAUGGAUUCUGCAAUAACUGCCUAAAGCUCGCAUUGCUUGUGGAAGAAGACAGAAAUAUUGAUUCUGAUGGGGAAAGUGUAGACCUCAGAGAUCGGGAAACAUACGAGGGCCUUUUCAAGGAGUAUUACGAGAUAGUAAAAGAAAAAGAAGGAUUUGACAAGAAUAGUCUCCUUGCUGGUAAGGCUAAACUAAAUAAGGAGAAGAUUUGCCAAAUUAGCUCUGAUUCAGAUAAACGUAGUGAAGAAGAGAACGAACACAGUGAAGAAGAGGAUGAGCAGAUUUCUUCAGACAAUGGAGAUUUCAGUGACGGAGAACCUCAGAAGAAAAGGCUUAAAAAGAAGAGAUGUACACAGCAGAAAACAAAGAUGCAAAGAAGUGUCAAUUCAAAGAAAAAAGUAUUUGUUGGAUGGGGAUCAAAAGCUCUUAUUGACUUUCUUCAGUUUACUGGUCAAGAUACCAGAGAAAAAUUAUCCCAAUAUGAUGUCACAUCAAUAGUAACCAAAUAUAUAAAAGAACAUAACCUAAUCCAUCCAGUUAAAAAGAGAAGAAUCCUUUGUGAUGUUCGGUUACAAGCUGUUUUUGGGAAGAAAGUGGUAAACAGACACAGAAUAUUUAGCCUCCUUGAAAGCCAUUUUCUUGAAAAUGAGGAGCAAUUACAAAAGGAUGAGCUUGAUCAUGAUCUUGAAGACGAUGACACAGAAAUUUUGGUGGCUCCUAAAACUGAGAAAAAGGUUGAACAAAAGAAGAUAUCCUCAAUUUGGUAUUCAACUGCAGCACAAAGUCAAUAUGCAGCCUUGAUUCCUGAAAAUAUCAAACUCGUUUACCUGAAGAGGAGCUUAGUGCAGGAGAUGAUCAAGCAGCCCGAGUCCAUUGAAACCAAGAUUAUAGGAAGUUUUGUUCGGCUCAAGUUAGAUCCACGUGACUAUGAGCAGCGUAACUCUCAUCAGCUUGUGCAAAUUGCAGCGAGUGUUUCAGGGAUCAAGCUCAGAUCAAGUGAUAAGUGCAACAGCGAGACUUUAAUUCAAGUUUCAAAUAUGGCCAGAGAUGUUAGCUUGACCAUGCUUUCAGAUGAUGAGUUUUGUAAGGAAGAAUGCGAUGAUCUGAAGGAGAAGGUGAAAGCAGGUCUGCUUGAAAAGCUUACAAUUGUGGAGCUUGAACAGAAAGCUAAAAUCCUUCACGAGGACAUCACAAAGCAUAGGAUUGCUCGAGAGCUGGAAUUGUUGCAAAAACUCAUUGAUCGAGCAAAUGAGAAAGGAUGGAGACAUGAACUUUUCCAGCAUCUGGAGAAAAGAAAGCUCCUACAGCAAGCUUCGUACCUGUCAUUUGUGCUGCAGAAUAUUCCCCAAGUGACUCCAGAGAAAAUAGAGCUUGAAUCUCUAGAUAGGAAUGACAAUCAUAUGCAUCGAGGAAUGGCUGGAGAUGAGAGGAAUGGAAAUAAGAUGCAUCAAUGCGAAGAUGAGACAACCACCCCUACAAAGAAAAAUAUUCCUGGGGUGAUUCCCGAAAAAGUAGGACUUGAACCUCUGGCUGAAAAUGAGGAUGAGAAACUUUCUUCGGAAAAUUUCAGUGAUGGAGGACCUCAGAAGAAAAGGGGUGAAAAGAAAAUAUGUACACAACAGAAAACAAAGAUGCAAAGAAGCGACACUUCACAGAAAAAAGAAUUUGUUGGAUGGGGAUCAAAAUCUCUAAUUGACUUUCUUCAGCUUAUAGGUCACGAUACCAGAGAAAAAUUAUCCCCAUAUGAUGUGACAUCGAUGGUAAGUAAAUAUGUAAAUGAAAAUAACCUUAUCCAUCCGGUUGAAAGGAGAAAGAUCCUUUGUGAUGUUCAGUUAGAAGCUAUUUUGGGGAAAAAAGUGGUAAACAAAGACAAAAUAUUUAGCCUCCUUAUAAGCCAUUUUGUUGAAAAUGAGGAGCGAUUACAAAAGGAUGAGCUUGAUCAUGAUCUUGAAGACAAUGACACAGAAAUGUUGGUGGCUUCUAAAACUGAGAAAAAGGUUGAACAAAACAAAAGAUCCUCAAUUUCGUAUUCAACUGCAGCACAAAGUCAAUUUGCAGCCUUGAUUCCUGAAAAUAUCAAACUCGUUUACCUGAAGAGGAGUUUGCUUCUGGAGAUGAUCAAGAAGCCUGAGUCAUUUGAAACCAAGAUUAUAGGAAGUUUUGUUCGGGUCAAGUUAGAUCCACGUGAUUUUGAGCUGCGUAACUCUCAUCAGCUUGUGCAAAUUACAGCGAGUGUUUCAGGGAUCAAGCAUGGAUCAAGCGAUAACUGCUGUUGCAAGAGUUUAAUUCAAGUUUCAAAUAUCACUGAAAAUGUUUGCUUGAACACGCUUUCUGAUGAUGAGUUUUCUAGUGAAGAAUGUGAUGAGUUCAGAAAGAAAGUCAAAGCUGGGAUUUUCAAAAAGCUUACAGUUGUGGAGCUUGAACAGAAGGCUAAAAUCCUUCAUGAGGACAUCACUAAUCAUCGGAUUGCUCGAGAGCUGGAACUUGCGCUGCAGAAUAUUCCUAGAGUGAUUCCAGAGGAAGUAGAGCUUGAAUCUCUUGAUGGGGAUGACAAUCAAAUGCACCUAUGCUCAGAUGAGGCAACCCUACAGAGAAAAAUAAUCUUGGAGUGAGAGGGAUGGUAAUAAGAUGCAUUAAUGCGCGGAUGAGACAACUCCUCCUGGAGUUGUCAAAUGUGAUCCGGAAAAUGGAGCACCUUGCGCAGGUAGUUAGUAGAUGUAAUGAUGCUAUGUGCAACUCACCAUCUUCUCCUUCCUUGUUUAAAUUGGUGUUGUCAAGCCUUUGCUGGAAAACUUUAGUAGAUCGUCUUUGACGGAGAGAAGAUGCUUCUAUCAGUUGCAGAUCUUACCUUGGUAUUUUGAAUUUAGUUGCGACAAAGAUUAUUCAGUUUUAGCUUAUUACAGCCAGUUAAAACUUUUUCCGGACCGCUUUAGUUGUUAUGAAAAAAACCAGGUUUACUCAUAUCAUGAUUCAUGAGAAGGAUCAAGGGGUAUAUGGUUUAUUCUUUUCAACUUAUCUCCAUUUUCCAGAAAUCAUCUUUUCUGAACUUGCAUGUCUUCCCUCUGUGCACAUGUCAUUAG